AUGCCUGAGCCGGCCAAGUCUGCUCCCGCGCCCAAGAAGGGCUCCAAGAAGGCCAUCACCAAGACGCAGAAGAAGGGCGACAAGAAGCGCAAGAAGAGCCGCAAGGAGAGCUACUCCAUCUACGUUUACAAGGUGCUCAAGCAGGUCCACCCCGACACCGGCAUCUCCUCCAAGGCCAUGAGCAUCAUGAACUCCUUCGUCAACGACAUCUUCGAGCGCAUCGCGGCCGAGGCCUCCCGCCUGGCCCACUACAACAAGCGCUCCACCAUCACCUCCCGCGAGAUCCAGACGGCCGUCCGCCUCCUCCUGCCGGGAGAGCUGGCCAAGCACGCCGUCUCCGAGGGCACCAAGGCCGUCACCAAGUACACCAGCUCCAAGUAAACGAGCUCAAAGCGAAGCCUCCUUCGCCAGACCCAAAGGCUCUUUUAAGAGCCGCCCACUUUCUCCAAAAAAGAGCCGUUUCCUUUGCUUU